GAAGCGUACAGACAUACAUUUAGGAACAUGCAAAGACAAUCAGGCCAGACGUAUGUUGAAUUUGCUAGGGAACAAGAGAUGAUGUUCGAUAAGUGGUAUAGAUCACUGAAAGUUGACAAAGACUUUGUUCACCUUAGGGAAGUUGUCCUCCUAGAAGAAUUCAAAAAGAGUCUUCCUUUUGGCAUUAAAUCUCACUUAGAUGACCAUAGAGUUACUGAAGUCAGUAAAGCAGCCAUAGUAGCUGAUGAAUUUGAGGUCACACAUAAGGGUAGUGGAGAUAGACCUCCUUUCAAGAAUUAUUGGAAAAAGAAAGGUAAAGGGUCAUUUGAAUCCCACAAUAAACCUAGUGAGGGAAAAUAUGCUAGCAAAGACAAAGACACUAACAAGAAUCAGGCUUGUGGGGGCACAGGAUCAACCAAAAUGUCUGAGAGUCAUAGUUCAAAAAUUUGUACUCAUUGUCAUAAAUCGGGACAUUUGAAAGAAUCAUGUUGGAAAUUGGUUGGAAUGCCAACCAAAACUAAGAAAGACAUGGGUUUUGUCAAGCAAACAAGUGUUCCCUCGAUGGAGUUUGUCCCAUCAGAGCCCAAUCAAGAUGUUGAGAGUGUUUCUCUUGUAUUUGCUGAUAAAGUCAAGCAGGUUGAUGAAACUUUUAGAAGUUUUUUGUAUGAUGGUGAAGUAUCCCCUUGUUCGACUGGUGCUACUGGUAGGUCAGUGGUGAUCCUUAGGGAUACAGGGGCUGCACAGUCCCUGAUGGUGCCAGGGGAUUUGGCUCUUCCUCCGGAGAGUUCAGAGAAUGCCAAAGUCUUAAUUCAAGGUAUUGGCCCAAAUUUCAUGUCGGUUCCUUUGCAUAAGGUCGACUUAAAGUGUGACCUAGUUAGUGGUCCUGUGACUGUUUGUGUCGUUCCAGAAUUACCCAUGGAAGGUGUUGAUUUCUUGUUAGGUAACGACUUGGCUGGAGAUAGAGUUGUUGCGUCUCCAGUGGUUUCGGAGAAGCCCGUUGAGGUAGCUGAAACUGAAUUGUUGCAGGAAGAUUUUCCAGGGAUUUUCCCGGAUUGUGUUGUUACUAGGUCUCAGACUCGUAGAGCUGAAAAAGGAUGAUGCGGAAUCUGCUGAUGUAGAGGAGAGUACUGAUGUCUGGUUAGCUGAAACCUUUUUCAAGGAUUUGAAUGGGGAUAGUGUUGAAGGCUCUGUUACUAACAAUGAUAGUUUGUUUAGUAAAAACUCCCUUGUACAGGCACAACAGGCAGACCCAGAAUUAAAAAGCUUGUCACAGAAAGCAUGUUCUGAGGCUGAGGCUGAUAAGGUUCCUGAGUGCUUUUAUGUCAAAGAUGACAUUUUGAUGAGGAAGUGGAGACCUCCCCGGAGACCAGCUGAUGAAGAUUGGUGUAUAAUUCACCAGGUAGUAGUUCCUCCCUGUUACCGCACAGUUAUUCUGAAAAUGGCUCAUGAGUUACCUAUGGCAGGUCAUGUCGGUAUUCGGAAGACAGAAGAUAGAAUUAUGAGGCAUUUCUAUUGGCCUAAGAUGCACAAAGAUGUUGUGCAUUUCUGUAAGACAUGUCAUACAUGUCAGAUUAUUGGUAAGGCACAGCCUUCUAUCAAGCCUGCUCCAUUGAUACCCAUUCCUGCAUUUGAUGAACCUUUUACUAGGGUUCUUGUUGAUUGUGUUGGACCCUUACCCAGAACGAGGUCGGGUCACAGAUUUCUCCUGACGAUUAUGGACUUGUCUACACGGUUUCCAGAGGCGAUACCUUUGAAGAGUAUCACUGCAAAGACAGUGGUGCAGGCGUUAGUGCAGUUUUUCACUCGGUAUGGUCUGCCUAAGGAAAUUCAGUCUGAUCAAGGGUCAAAUUUCAUGUCAGGAAUAUUUCAGCAAGUUAUGAAGGAGUUGGGAAUAAAGCAGAUCAAGUCCUCUGCUUAUCACCCACAGUCCCAAGGAGCGUUAGAACGCUAUCAUCAGACCCUGAAGACCAUGAUUAGGGCUUAUUGUGAAGACUAUCCCGAUGACUGGGAUAAAGGGAUCUCAUUCCUACUGUUUGCAACUAGGGAUUCCCCAAAUGAGUCCACAGGUUUCAGUCCAUUUGAACUGGUCUAUGGUCAUGAGGUUAGGGGUCCCCUAAAGCUUAUCAAAGAGAGGUUUAUGGUUGGAUGGUUGGAUAUGGUAGGAUGAUGAUGUAAACCUUCUAGACUAUGUGUCAAAGUUUAGAGAAAGGCUCUCAAAAGCUUGUGAUGUGGCUAAGGAACACUUGAAAGUGUCGCAGGGAAAAAUGAAAGCUGAAGCUGACAAAAAUGCAAAAGAGCGAAGUUUCAAGCCUGGAGACAAAGUGUUAGUGUAGUUGCCUUUGCAAGGUGAUCCCUUGAAAGCUAGGUUUAGUGGUCCCUACAUAGUCAAAAAGAAAUUGAAUGAUGUCAACUAUGUGAUCAGUACCCCUGAUUAAAGAAAGUCUCAAAGAGUUUGUCAUAUAAACAUGUUGAAAGAAUACUUUGAGCGAGAGGCUAGUCAGCCAAUAGGUACAACACAGGUCAAAGAAGACAAGAAACAUGUAGAUGUACAUGAAGAAGAAUGCUAUGGAAAGACAGAUAAUGAAUUGUCUUAUACAGAUGUAUCUAAGAACGAACCAUGUGGUGUAAAGUUAUCUAACUCAGAGAUGUUAGGAAAUAUGGAUGAGGCAUUAAAACACCUGCCUGAAGAUCAGAGAAAUUAUAUAUCUGGCCUGUUAAGAGACUAUGAAGAUGUGUGUAAAGACAAACCAGGUCGUACACCUUUAACUGUACAUGAUGUAGACAUAGGUGAUGUAAGACCUAUCAAACAGAAUCCUUAUAGGCUCAAUCCAAGCAAGUUGGAAAUGGUGAAUAAGGAAAUACAGUUUAUGUUAGAUAAUGACAUAAUCGAACCGAGUCAGAGUAGUUGGAGCUCCCCUAUUGUAAUGGUUCCAAAGCCAGACGGCUCUCAGAGAUUUUGCAUUGAUUACCGCAAGGUAAAUGCAGUAACUAAAACUGACUCGUAUCCAAUUCCUAGGUUAGAAGAUUGUAUUGAUAGAGUUGGAAAUUCUGCCUAUAUCACAAAGAUAGACUUGCUUAAAGGAUAUUGGCAAGUACCAUUGACUGACCGAGCCAAAGAGAUAUCAGCCUUUGUCACACCUGAAGGCUUAUUUCAAUGCAAAGUCAUGCCUUUUGGAAUGAAAAAUGCACCAGCAACCUUCCAAAGGUUAACAAAUCAAGUGAUUGCCGGACUUGACAAUUGUGUCGUAUACAUAGACGACAUCCUAGUGUACAGUGAUACUUGGAAUGAUCAUCUGGAUCAUCUGAGAGCACUGUUUGACAGGCUGGAUAAAGCCAAUCUAGUAGUGAAUCUGAUGAAGAGUAUAUUUGCUAAGGCAAAGGUCACAUAUCUUGGUCAUGUGGUUGGUCAAGGGCAAGUGCUACCAAGAGAAGCCAAGAUACAAGCUAUCUUAGACUUCACAAUUCCCACAACUAAGAAAGAAUUACUCAGAUUCUUAGGUAUGAGUGGCUUCUACAGGAAAUUUGUUCCAAAUUACAGUAAGUGGUUAGCCCUCUAACAAACCUGCUGAAGGCAAAAGUGAAGUAUGUUUGGUCUGACGAAUGUCAUAGAUCAUUUGAGAAAUUAAAGGCCAUUUUGGUGAAUGAGCCUGUUUUGGCAGCUCCAAACUUCACAAAGCCGUUCAAAUUAGCUAUUGAUGCAUGUGAUGUUGGAGUAGGAGCAGUAUUGAGUAGGAGCAGUAUUGCUCCAAGAAGAUGAAGAAGGCAUCGAAAAACCAGUGUGCUACUUCUCUAAGAAACUUAAUCGGUUUCAGAAGAAGUACUCAACUAUUGAAAAAGAGGCCCUGAGUCUCGUACUAGCCCUUCAGCAGUUUGAGGUCCAUGAUCUAACCAAUGGAGAGAUUACAGUCUAUACAGACUACAAUCCUCUUGUGUUUUUGGAGAAAUUCAAAACAAAGAAUCAAAGACUGUACAGAUGGAGCCUAAUGCUCCAACCAUUCCCUUUGAAAAUUGUACACAUAAAGGGAAAGAAUAAUGUAAUUGCUGAUGCUCUUUCAAGAGUAUAAAAAGUGAAAUUAUUCAUGCUUUUGACCAAGUGUGUCAUUUGAGGAAAAUGUCUUUGAUGUUCAUUUGUUUAAAUAUGUUUGUUAGUACUAUACCUUUGUACACGAUAACAUAAAUGAUUUAUCAAGAUGAUUUUGGAAAGU